AUGAAUGUGACAGUAUUUUCUGUUGCCAGCAGGCUGGUUCUUGCCUCCCUCGCAGUACUUUUACUCGUAUUUGCUCGCUACGCCACUGCCAGUCGUCGACCUCGAGGUUUUCCGCCUGGACCACCAUCACUGCCAGUAAUCGGGAAUCUUCACCAAUUCCCUCUCAAAAAACCCUUCAUUAAAUUUCAUGAAUGGAGCAAACAGUACGGUCCUGUGGUCGGCCUCAAGCUAGGUCCUCAAAACGUCGUCGUGCUGAACAACUACAGGAGUGUGAAAGAACUCCUUGACAAACGUGGAGCUAUCUAUUCAAGUCGUCCUGAUAGCUAUGUUGGCAAUGAACUUCUUUGCCCCAAUGAAACUCACAUCCUGCUAGUCCCAUACGGCCAAGGCUGGAGGGCUCUUCGGAAGGCAGUUCAGACUUUGUUGAAUGUGACUGCUGUGGACGGGCUCUUGCCCGUCCAAGAAGCGGAAGCAUCACAGACGGCAUAUGAACUUAUGACGACUCCGGAAAAGUGCUUCACGCAUAUUCGCCGGUAUUCAACAGCUGUCAUUCUCGCAUCUGUGUUUGGCCAGAGAGGUGCUAGCUACGAGGCACCGAAAGUCCAAGCCCUCUAUCAUGCUCAGGAGCAAUUCACCGAAAUACUGGCUCCAGGAGCCACACCCCCCGUGGAUCCCUUCCCGUUCUUGAGAUAUAUGCCUACAUUCUUAGCCCCUUACAAGCGCUGGGCAGCAAAUAUUCGGCAAGAGCAACGGACUCUAUAUUCCGGCCUGCUCAACGAGACCAAGGCAAGAACACGAAAACAAGAUAAGAUCCCUUGUUUCAUGGACAAACUCUUGGAGGGAAAGGAGAAAAGUGGCCUUGAUGACGAACAGAUUGUGUACACCGGGGGAAUUCUGAUGGAAGCAGGGUCUGAUACGACAUCCUCGACUCUGCACUCGUUUGUCCUUGCCAUGAUCAAAUAUCCCGAAGUCUUGCGAAAGGCGCAGAAAGAAUUAGAUGAGGUCUGCGGACCCUCAAAAUCACCCGGUUCCCAGGAUAUCAGGAACCUUCCCUACAUGCAAGCAGUCAUGACAGAGACGUUGAGAUGGCGUCCAGUAGCACCAGGUGGCGUCCCUCAUAUGCUGAUUCAAGAUGACAUCUACGAAGGCUACUUCCUUCCGAAAGGCACCAUUGUGUUUGCCAACACCUGGUCCAUUCACCAAGACACGUCGGAAUACGACAGACCGGAGGAAUUCAUACCCGAACGGUUCCUCAACGACAAAUUCGGUAGCAAGGGCAAUAACCCAAAUCCCCAGGACGAUGAGAGUAAUAGAAGAGUGACUUACAGCUUUGGGGCCGGAAGGCGAGUCUGUCCUGGUCAACGCCUUGCGGAAAAUUCUCUGAUGAUCAACAUGUCCAAAAUGGCCUGGGCCUUUGACAUUAAAGCCGACCAGAAUGCACCGCCACUGGACUUGGACGUCGAAACGGGCUAUUCAGAUGGCUUCGUGUUUGGACCCAAUCCAUUCUCGGCCUCGUUCUCUAUCCGAUCCGAGCAACAUCAGGAAACCAUCUUGAAAGAAUACGAGGAGGCAAAGACAUUCUUCCAGAAAUACGAAGAUUAG